AGAUCUCAAAAGCAAUCUCCUGUCAAACGGAAGGAACUAGCAACAAGAACUGAUCCAAGAUAAGUAAAGCCCACAAGUGACAAAAAAAAGGUUUCCUUGCAUUGUCAAAUAAUUAGCAAUGCAGGGCAAAAUAACUCCAUUAUCAGAGCUGCAUCCCGUGAACACUCUGUACAAUGUUCAUGUCAGGGUGUCAAGGACUUGGGAAUAUAGGGGUAAAAGUGAGAACAAUCCUCUGAUCCAUUUUGACAUGGUGGUCAUUGAUCAAAUGGGUUAUGCAGUGUACUGUGAGGUACCUCCACAAGUGCUGGACAAGUUGAAGCAAUAUUUACAAGAAGAAAGAUUCUCUAUAUAUGCAAUGCAUGUGUUGAAAGGGCUAAACCUGGAUUUAGAGUUGUGGAUACCCCUUACAUAUUAAAACUGAUCAUGAGAACACAGAUCUUCGAAGGAAAUAGCAAUGAUACAACUUUCCCAAAGUAUGUAUUUUCAUUGACCCCAAUCGAAAUGCUACCACAAUAUGCAAGGAGGACAGACCGUUUUCUAGAUGUCAUUGGAAAAAUCACUGCCAUCUUAAAUGCAGCUGUAGCAUGUAACACAUCUGGAGACCUUAUGAUGCGUAGGCUGAUAACACUUCAAGAUGAAAAGGGAAACACAGUAGAUUUAUCACUCUAUGGACAAAGGGCUCUUGAAUUUGAUGCUGAUAUUGGUCAGAAUCAUCACGUCAUAGCAAUAUUUGUGGGUACAGUCAUGAAAAUAUAUCGAGAAGACUAUAAAUUUCUCAGUGGAACUUCGGCAUGUCGGUGGUAUAUAAAUGAAAAUGAUAUUCCAGCAAUGAGAACAUUUCAGAGAGGACUGCCAUCUCAGGUGACACCAAUUAAAAAACUAGAACUCCUAAGCGAAGACUACAUGGAGCAAGGUGUUGAAGAAAAAACUCUCUUUGACCUCAAACAGAUCGAUCCUUUGGCUGACAAGAACAAAAGAUUCCAGUGUACAGUCACACUGAUAUCUACAGCAGAAAAAGAGCAAUGGUGCUAUAGAGCUUGCAGAGUUUGCAACUCCAAAAUGGUCCCAUGUGAUGAUGGAUAUGAGUGCACAAAGAUAGAUGGCUGCUCAUGCAAACAAUAUGAUUGGAAGUACAAAGUUUGUUUCAUAGGAGCAGACGACACCUAUAGCCUUCAGUUCAUGUUUUUUGAGAAAAAAGGGGUGGAGCUUAUUGGCAAAAGCGCAGAGACCCUAAGGAAACAAUAUGAUCCAAGGUCCAUUCCACCUGAGAUAUCACAGUGGAUUAACCAUAAAUUCACUUUCAUAGUCAAAGUGCUAUUCAAACAAAGUGUCAAAAACAUAGAGCCUUCUUUUGAGGUCGUCAUGAUCAAAUAAAGGCAUGGAAAACAAGCAACAUUACUAAACCUCAUGCACAAUGUGUCUAAUGAUGAUCUGCCACCACUGGUAACAUUACCAUCAAAGAGAAAGAUCGAGCAGCCAUCAUUUUCAUACACUCCUCAGUUCAUAGAUAUACAUGAUAUGGACGUAGACCAGCAGUCUGGGUAAGUAUACUACUACUUUUUCAUACACAUAUCCUAUUUCCCCCUCCUCUAAUAAUAUCUCAAAUAAUUACAGUGCUUGGGAUAACACAGAGAAGCAUAUUGAAUCACAGGUCCAAACUGAAAAGAAGAGCCAUUUUCUUUAUUUGGCUACUUGGUAAAUAGUUACAGUCUCAUUUCUUCCUUGCACGGAGCUACCUACUAUAUUACAGGAUCAUUGACCCUGGCAAACUCUUAGUUCUAAAUCAUGACCCCAACUACAACUUUGCUUGCCAGUUGCUACCAUUCUUAUGCUCCUGCGUUCCAUAAGCUGCUGAUUUCUCAUCUUCACAUGAGAUUAGGUGGCCAACAUAAUGUAGUGGAAAAACCUUGCAGCAUAUUUCUUUUACAUCCAAUUGAUAUCAGCUGUCAUUCUAUCUGUUUGAUGAUAUUUUGUCGCUCUCUGCUUGUAAUGAUCACAAACCUACGGUCUAUGCAUCAGAAGCACAGUUAAGCGUUCAGUUCAUUUUUCUUUACAUGGU